UAAAACGAUUACAGUGCCCUAUAAUUCUCGGCACAACUUCACGCAUUAUGUAUAUAUUCCUCUAUAUUAACACAGUUGAAUACAAUUGACGAUUUUGAUUUUCUCUUCUGAUAGUAUUCUUCAUCCAGUUGAACACAAAUGUCCGGAAAAGAAAAGGGUCAUGCAAUAGGGAUUGACUUGGGGACAACUUACUCGUGCGUGGCGGUUUGGCAGCACGAACAUGUAGAAAUCAUAGUGAACGAUCAGGGAAACAGGACUACUCCAUCUUAUGUUGCCUUCACUGAUACUGAGAAACUGAUUGGCGAUGCAGCGUUUAACCAGAUCAUCAAGAAUCCCACCAACUCCAUAUUUGAUGCAAAGCGCUUGAUCGGUAGGAGAUUCAGUGAUGCCUCUGUUCAAAAUGAUAUGAAGCUUUGGCCAUUCAAGGUUGUGGAAGGUGUCAACGACAAGCCAAUGAUCAUGGUUACACACCAGGGUGAAAAGAAACAAUUUGCUGCUGAGGAAAUCUCAUCUAUGGUUCUCACAAAGAUGCGGGAGAUAGCUGAAAAGUAUUUGGACUCAACUGUGGAAAAUGCAGUUAUAACUGUCCCCGCUUACUUCAAUAACUCACAGCGUGAGGCUACAAAAAAUGCUGGAGUCAAUGCAGGUCUAAAGGUGAUGCGCAUUAUAAAUGAACCAACAGCUGCGGCCAUUGCUUAUGGCCUUGAGAAACAGGCUGGUUGGUAUGGCAACAGAAACGUGAUGAUAUUUGAUUUGGGUGGUGGAACAUUAGAUGUGUCACUACUUACCAUAGGGGAUGGUGUCUUUGAAGUGAAGGCCACUGCUGGAGACACACAUCUUGGAGGUGAAGACAUCGAUAACAAUAUGGUAAACUAUUGUGUUGAUCAAUUCAAGGCAAAGCAUAAUUUGAAUGUCAGUGAAAACCCCAAGGCUCUUAGGAGGUUAAGAAAUGCUUGUGAGAAGGCAAAAAGGAGACUUUCAUUUACGUCCACGAUUGACCUUGAAGUUGACUGCUUGGAUCGAGGUACCGAUUUCUUUGUAACAAUUACUCGUGCCAAAUUUGAAAAAAUGAACAUGGACUUCUUCAACAAAUGUAUGGAGCCGGUGGAGAAGUGUUUGAAGGAUGCUGAGAUAGAGAUAAGUAAUGUUCAUGACGUUGUUCUUGCUGGUGGCUCUUCUAGAAUUCCCAAGGUGCAGGAACUAUUACGCAAUGUCUUCAAGGGGAAGAAGCUGUGCCAGAGUAUUAAUCCGGAUGAAGCCGUUGCACAUGGAGCUGCUGUUCGUGCUGCAGUCUUGAGUGGGAAAGGAGAUGGUAAACUUCAAGACUUCACUCUCUCAGAUGUUACCCCCUUGUCACUUGGGGUGGAGGUUCGUGGAAAUGAUUUCGUGAGAGUGAUUCCAAGAAACACCAAAAUUCCCAUAAUGAAGAACGACUGUUUGACUACUCGGGUUGACAACCAAGUUAAUGUCCGCUUCUCCAUUUAUGAGGGUGAGAGUGAAACAACUGUCAAUAAUAACUUUCUGGGUGAAUUUCGGCUCUGCGAUAUUCCUCCAGCUCCUAAGGGUGUUCCUAAGUUCGAUGUCUGCUUCAAUAUUGAUGCCAACGGUAUCCUGAGUGUUUCAGCUGAGGACAAGUCCACUGGUAAUAAGAAAGGGAUCACAAUUAACUGUAACAGAAGUACUUCUGAAGGAAUUGAGAAGAUGAGCUAAGAGAUAAUCAUUUUUGUCUAUGAUUUUAUCUUCAACAGCUGUGGCAUUGUUAUUAACUUUCAUACUUGAACUUUGAAGCCUCUAUGUGAGAUGGUUGUGUUGUUUGAUUGUA